AUGGGUUGCUUUAACACUCAUGCCUCGGGGACCUUAGACCCACCAGAGGUCCGCAAUUGGCGGAUCCACACCAUUGCCCUUAUCGCGUCCAUGUCGGCGCUAGCCAUGGGUUAUGAUACGGCCGUCAUUGGCGGUACCAUGGCUCUCAACUCGUUCAUUCGAGACUUUGGCCUCAAUGGUAUCCCCAAAGCAAAUCGUGAUACCAUUCAGGGAAACAUCGUCUCUACUUUCCAGGCUGGCUGCUUCUUUGGUGCAAUCUUCGCGUUUCCCUUUGCCGAGCGCAUUGGACGCAAAAAGACAAUGAUAAUAGCUUCUUCCAUCUUCCUACUCGGCGGUACGCUCAUGACUGCAUCCCAAGGUAAACUGAACAUGAUUUAUGGUGGCCGUGCUAUAGCUGGUCUAGGCAUUGGCGCUUCAUCCAUGGUGGUGCCUGUAUAUAUUUCCGAAACUGCUCCACCCUCAAUCCGUGGCCGACUGGUCGGUAUCUUUGAGAUAGCGUCCCAAGGUGGCGGUAUGCUUGGCUUUUGGAUCAACUAUGCUGCCGAUCGAACCAUCGAUGUCAACUCCAAGACACAGUGGAUCGUCCCACUUGCCAUUCAGCUUGUUCCUGGAUUGUUGCUCCUUCUCGGUGUCGCAUGGUGCCCUGAAUCGCCUCGUUACCUUGCCAAGAAGGACAACUUCGAAGGCGCACAAAACAUUCUAUGCAAGAUUCGUUGCCUUGACGAAUCACAUGCUUACAUUCAACACGAGAUGAGCGAGAUCCGUGCUCAGGUUGAGGAGCGCAGUGCCAACCGCAAGAGCAAGAAGGACCAGUUUAUGAAGCUCUUCCAAAAGGGUGUCCGAAACCGCAUGGCGAUUGGACUUGCCCUCAUGUUCUUGCAAUCUUUCACUGGCGUAAACAUCAUUACCUACUACGCACCACGCAUCUUCGAGACUCUCGGUAUCUCAGGUACAUCGCUUAAGCUCUUCUCUACCGGCUUCUACGGCAUUGCAAAGACGCUUGGCAUGUUCACCUUCACCUUCUGGGUCGUUGAGAAGGUUGGUCGCCGUAAGGGUUUGAUCUGGGGUGCUGCUCUUGGUUGCAUUCCAAUGUGGUACAUCGGUGGCUACGUCAUGAAGGCAGAUCCAGCCGGUGCUGCACUCAGAGGAGAUGUCUCACGAAAUGGCUGGGGCUACCUGGCCAUGGUAUGCGUAUACGUCAACGCAUUUAUCAUUUGCGCUACAUGGCAAGGUAUCACCUGGACCUACGCAUCCGAGAUUUUCCCCUUGGAUAUCCGUAUGCUCUGCGUCUCGCUUACCACUGCCGAUACCUGGCUUGGUUCUUUCAUCAUCGCCCGAAGCACUCCCUACAUGAUUUCUGACCUAGGUUAUGGCGCAUAUUUCUUCUUCGCCUCUAUCCUUGUCGGCAUGGGUAUCUGGAGUUUCUUCUUCGUACCCGAGACAAAGGGUAUCAGUUUGGAGGAAAUGGACGCGCUCUUCAUGCGUCCAAUGCACAAGGCGGUAUGGGCACAACUUCGUGGCAAGCCCAUCCUUACCCAGGAGGAGGUUGUUGCGAGAAGCAAGGGAUUAGAUACGAUGGGAGAAAAGGAGUAUGGUAUUGAAACAAUAGAAGCCGUCAAGAGGUAA